GGUUUUUAUUGGUUUGCAAACUAUUUAUUAACAUAAACGAACACAGUUAAAUCACAACGAUAUAGCGUACGAAUAUAAUAACUUGUUAAACAUUUAAAUCAAACAAUGGAAAGCACAAUUCACUGCGAUGAUUCCGGAUGUAGUCGUGAGAACGUCCCACUACUGAAGACCUCAUACCGCGCGUACUGUCGGGCUUACUAUAUGCUGGUCGACAACUGGCUCGCGGGAACCAUAGGAUCGGGCGUCCCUAACGACGACUAUGACGUCAGAGUUAUACGGAACGCCGUUGAUGACAGCGUCCGCGACCUAACUAUUAGUGCGGAAGACGAAUCGACUUCCGGACUUGAAGAGGUUCAGCGUGUUUACGAUCAUCUGGUGGUCCUUUGUGUCCCGGGGCAUUUGCGUACUGUCGUCUCCCAUCGCCGCUGGUUGGACAAAUGUUACCAGCUGUGUGUUAAAAUCGGCGUUAAGUUAUCGGAUAAUAUGAAAGAUCACAUUCUACGACAUGAUCUGAGUAAGUUCUCGCCAAUGGAAGCGUUGGGCUACGCCGUUAUGUUCGGUGACGGAAGUGUGGGCUUCCGGAAGUUGGAAACUCUCGAGGAGCAGACGGAAUGGGACCUAGCUCUGAAGCACCACUAUGCUCACAAUUGUCACCAUCCGGAAUACUUCAGGCAGGAUCGUCAAGGCGGCGUUUCCGUUGUCCAAGAUAGACGAGAGUCCAUGGAAAACGACUCCGACGGAAGUCUCCAUUUGGACGAGAGCAUUCUGGACAUGAUGGCGGCUCGCGGGGAACGCGAGUUAAAGCAUGAUCACGUGAUCUCCAUACAGAAGCUACUAGACAUGCCUGUCCAGUACCUGAGGCGGUACACGGACGCGGACCGGAAGUACGUCACGCAGACCAUGGUGGCGUGGUCGGAAAAGGCCCGGAACUUCAUGUCGGUCGAAGGGAAUGCGCACAUAUUUGACGGACUGUUCGAUGAAAGACACGUGGUUUAUUGAUAAUUUUUCCCUGAUUUUUUUGUUUCGUUCUGAAAACAGCUGAGUACUGAUCAUCCGGUCAUCCAAACUAACAAACUAGCAGUCUCGAAUCAUAAAAUGAAUUGGACAGCAUCGAAUGUUGAAAUGUAACUUAAACUAAACAUUUUUUGAACGUAUAAACUUUUUUUUAAAUUAUGUUUGCUUUUUAUACUGUGAAUGGUAAACUAUACGUUAUUUAUAUAUCCAAUAUUCCAAUAUUGAUUUUUUAUCGAUUUAUUUUGUUUUGGUUGUGAUUUUGUUAGUUUUUGUAACCUUUACAAAAUGCCAAUAUCUUUAUAUAUAUACAUUUUUACUUUAAGAAAACAACAUUUUAACUGCAUCUUACGUUUUAUGACUUAAGAUGCACAACUAGACGUUGAGUACAGCCAAAGCCAUAGAUUAAUCAAUCCGAAAAAAUGAUUAUUUUUGGUGUACUUGUUACAGAUAAUAUUCUUGAAGGAAAGUCUGUGGGACGGCAAUAUUACAUGUAUUUUUUAAUGAUAUACAUACGUUUUUAUAUGUUAUAUAUUUAUUUUUACAAAACAUGUGUGAGUUUCAACUGUGUAUAAUUUCUAAGCAUAUAUUUAUUUAACACCACACUUUGAAAGCAUAAGUUGUACAAAACUAAACGGGUAAACUUUAACAUUUUAAUACGUUUCUAAAUAAAACAAUGUUAACUUAUACAUUAUAUACAUACCAAUGAUCUGCAAAGAACCUUUCUAUGUUCGAAUAUUUUUGUGUUUACAUCAUUUUUAAUAAACGAGAAAUACAAGAAA